GCUAGGUCUUUCGGUUAAGUCACCGAGAAAUACUGCAACUACCCUCGUCAAGAAACUUACCUUUUCGGGAAAUUCUCCUGUAUGGAACUGGAUAUACAUGACUCCAGGAAUGCCAGUACAAAUUAAGUUGUUGGCACCUGCUGUUUUCUCAGAAUUGGAUCCCAAUGACGGCCUGCACUCGCAGGACAGUGCUGUCACUGUAUAUGCGGGUGUUUCGCAUCGCCCGGACCUGGCAGGCUCAGAGUGGAGUUACAAGUGACACAGAGACUGAGAGAAAAUACAUACUUCAGGAGGCCCACACUCUGUUCAGACAAAACCAGCAGCUCACAGAUCAACAGUCAAUAAAGAGGUGUAUAGAAGAAUGUGAAGCAAGGAUAGAAAUAGGCCUACAUUACAGAAACCCAUAUCCCAGGGCUACCUACUUACCACCACUGGGGCUGGCAACUCAGAAGGGCAGGAAGCUGCGAGCGCAGCAGCGCCUGAGGAAACAGGCCAAGCCAAUUUACUUACAGUCACAUGACGAGACCUGAUGCUCGAUCUCGCCGAUCCUUGCCAGGAGUUCAAGUUACCAAGGACAGGAAACCAGAGUGCAGUCACAAGCUGAUCUCACAGGCUGAGUUGUUGCAAGCACUCACUGAUGCAAGAACACCUGUCAUUCAGGAAAGGGAAAUGAAAAAGCCAUUUUCAUUGUGUUUUGUUCUUUUUUUUUUUUUAAACUAUAAACUGUGUAAACAUGAGAUCUUAUUGUAGCUGAGGAGUGCCAGGAAGCCUGUCAGUGUGGUGUGACCUGUGAUAUGAGAUCAAGUCAUGUAUUUUAUUUAUUUUUGUGCAAAAAAAAAAAGUUGUUAUAAAGACUUCAAAUUCUCUCUAUAUCAGAGUCAUUUAGUGAUUAACUUUGGUGUUUAAAUUGUGUCAAAACAAACACAUUCACUUCAGUUAAACUAUUAAAAAGCAAAGUUGUCUUCAAGUAGCGUCAUAUCUUCCACUAAUACAUUUGUGAUGAUUUAUGUAUCUUUGGGACACUAUCCUCUUAUUUCCAGCAUGCAUCCUUUUUAGUAACCACCCUAAUUAUUCAGCUUUUCCAUGUAGGUAGCCUGUUAAAUCAGAAGGGACAUAUGAAUAAACUUCAGAAGUGUUGGUAACAGCACAGAGGAAGUUGGGAAACAAGUCAUUUGUUACAGCAUGUGCAGAUGAUGAACUUCCUAUAAAAUUCUGUAAAACUAAAGAGAAAGAACUGGGUGAGGUAGACAUGAGGGAACCAAAGGACGUACAGUGUAAGGGCCUUUUACUCUAUAAUACAUUUUUGUGGUAAUUGACAUCCAAGCACGUGCAAUAUCAACAUGAAGCAGAUUUUACAAAGUGCUGUCCAGUAAAGCCACAACACAGGAAGACAGAGGAGAUAAAAGCAGAAAUGAGAAAAUGUGUAAAUGUUUUGAUAAGAGACAGGAAAAAAACUCUCCCCGCAGAAUGCGCAGAUCAUAAUAUUAAUUAUGAUCGGAAGUGUAACACCAUACCACGUGUCUGUAUUUUUGCAUGGGGAUUUGAGAAAAUCUCACCAUUAAGUCCACUUAGUAGCUGCUGUAGAGGUUUCAAUCAUAUAAUAUCAUCUUCAUCUUGCAGAUGGAGUUUCCCAGCUGUCAGAGAAUUGUAGAAUUGUAAUUUGUAAAAUAAAAUGGCUUCAAAUUAGA